AUAAGGCAAGAGGACAACAAAAGAAAGGCUCUAACUUGAAGUCAGCCUCGGGUAGGACAGAAGUCAUGGAUGAAUUGCCUGACCCUUUAGCAAGGGCUUGCUGGUGAAGAACGAAACAGGGAUCAUCCAGACCAGCUUUCAUGUUGCGGUAGAAGUGCUGAUGUUGUGUUCAAUGAAGCUUCUCAUUCCGGUUCUUCUGUUUCCAUGGAUGUUUUGUUGGAAGAAGGCAAGGAUGUCGCAUCCAACCUGAAAUCUAUGGCUGAUAUUUGUUCAAUAUCUUGUUUGAAUUCUGGUUCUAGUAAUGGAGACACGGAAGCUGGCAAAUCAUGCGAGGCAAACACUUUUGUCCAGACAACCUCAUUCGAUGUCCAUCUUGGAAUUAUAGAGGAAACCCGCUUGAAAACUGAUACUGAAAACUCAACAUUCUCAGAAUCAACAACGAAUUCUGCGAGUUUGGCGUCUCUUUCCUAUGAUUGCAAUGGUGAUUUUGGGGAGUGGAAGGUUUACUGGGAUUCCUUUUACAGGCAAAAUUACUUUUACAAUGUUAAAACACAAGAGUCAACAUGGCUGCCACCACCAGGGACGACACAUCUGAACAAAAUCGGUCAAGAGUUGGCUGAACAUGAUGACUGCAGCCCACUUUGUCCUUCCGAUGGAAUCACUUCUGGUGUCGAGACAACGAAGAAGCCACACGAUGAACUCAUUGUUGAAAUGAAAAUUUCCUCGGAUGUUCCAGUUCGAGACUUAGAUGAAUCCGGUGGAGCAGAGAAUCUAGAGGAAGUUGGCAGUUUAAAUGAUACAUCCGAAGCAAUAUCAUAUAAAAAUCCAUAUUUGGAAAUUUAUGGUCUUGAGGAAGAGAGGAAGGAUAUAGAGCUUGGCAAUUCCAUCAGAAAGGAAAGGAAAAGGACAAGAAAGACUCGAGCCAAGAAGACGUUGUCCACUUCAAACAUAGAGAUUCAAUCUAAAGGGAUUCUCGAGGAAUAUUCCGCAAACAUUGGCAAGUAUUGGUGCCAAAGGUACCUCCUUUUCUCCAGGUUUGACGAAGGUAUCAAAAUGGACGAGGAAGGAUGGUUUUCUGUUACUCCGGAACUUAUAGCUAAACAUCAUGCAACCCGCUGCAAAGGAGGCUUAAUCAUUGACUGUUUCACCGGAGUUGGGGGAAACGCUAUCCAGUUCGCAUUGAGGAGUAACUAUGUGAUUGCAAUUGACGUGGAUCCAGAGAAACUCGAUUUAGCGCGCCAUAAUGCCAACAUCUACGGAGUUGUGGAUAAAAUAGAUUUUGUAAAAGGGGACUUCUUUCGGUUGGCACAUACGUUGAAGGCAGACACUGUCUUCUUAUCUCCUCCUUGGGGUGGCCCUGAUUAUGCCAAAGCACGUACUUACGAUAUCAAGACAAUGUUGAAACCUCGUGAUGGAUUGUUUCUAUUCAAUUCAGCGAAGAACAUCGCAUCGACUGUUGUCAUGUUUCUCCCGAGAAAUGUCGAUCUAAAUCAACUGGCGGAGCUAGCCCUAUCAUCUUAUCCUUCAUGGUCACUCGAGGUGGAGAAGAACUAUUUAAAUGGCAGGCUGAAGGCGAUAACUGCGUACUUCAGACAACAAGAUGCUGACCGCAAGACACAGAGUUCCAUGCAAGAACAUGGGUGAAUGAGUGUGAAUACAAGCAGAACUUCAUCUGCAGACUGCAGUUAAUGCCAAAGACUUGGUUAUCAAGCGUGUCAAAAAGAUAAUUUCUGAUCAUUUGUGUGUGCAUAUAUUUAAGAUAACUAUUUCAUGGUGAAAAUUUAUGUAUUAGUUUAUUA